CCCCAAUCUUUAUUCUUCAUGUCCAAGACACCUGUGCCUUUUUCGCCAGAGAAUAUCAAGACUGUUGCCUCACUGUAUAGACGGUCCUUGAGGACUGCUGCUGACUGGAUAAACAGACGUGAUUUUUACCGUGCAAAGGCAGCAGAGAUCAGGCUUCGCUUCGAGCAGAACCGCGACGUUUCAGACCCGAAACAGCUAAAGGCCAUUAUUGACAAGACUGAACUCAUGCUCAACAAAUUCAAACACCCAGACCCAAUUAUCCCCCCUCAAAGACCAGGAGGUAUCAUGUACGACAGAAACGCUCCUCCAAGGUAUUCUUCAGGACCUGUACCAUUCAGCAACGAGCUCUAGCGUACAUUUAUGUUUCUUGGGCUUACUUAUUAGUUUACCACCUAUUUAUUGAUUCAAGAUCGAAAUAUUUAUU